AUGGGUUGCUGUCAGUCAACAGAAAAUAUCGAUUUUGAUACGAUUCAACCAGCUGUAUUGCGAAGUCAUGGAGGUAUAGCUACAUAUAGUGGAACUACUGAACGAGGUCGAUGUCAAACAUUCGGUAAUGCAGAAAUAGCAUUAACUGAAGAUUGUUUUUAUUCACAAGUCAUCGAUAUUGGAUGUUGUGGAGAUCAUGGAUUAUUACGUAUACCUGUUUUAUCAGUCAAAGAUAUUCGACAACAAUCAUAUUUUAAUGGACGUUAUCGAGCUGAUCAUCCUCAUAUGGUAAUAACUUAUAUAAUAAGUAAUACUAAAGAAGCUCAUGAACAUCAAGCUGGUUGGCAAAUGAAUGAUGUUGCUUUUAAUGAAUGGAAAACAGCAAUUGAACAAUUAAGAGAUCGACAUCCAUCAUAUGAACGUGCAUAA